AUGGUUGUCUGUCCCACUAAAUCACUGUUCAUCGAAUCAGUUUACACAGGAGAGCAAGGUCAUGAUGCGGAAUGGUUGGCCCAAGAUCUCAGCCGUGUUAUAGAUCAUCUUGGAGAUAAUGUAGCUGGUGCAGUGACAGACAAUAUAUCAGCAAACAAGAAAAUGUGGGGUAUCUUAGAACAAAAGUAUCCUACACAUUUUUUCCAUGGUUGUGUUGCUCAUGGGCUUAAUCUUCUCGUCAAAGAUAUCUUCUGUGCCAAAAAGAAAGUACCACCUGGUGGUGGCCCAGCUGCAUACCCAGAUGGUUAUCCUUUUGAAGAUCUCAUGGUGUUUGCUAAUGAUUGCAAAGAAGUGGUCAUGUUUUUUCACAACCAUCAUGGGGUGAAGGCAAGAUUGAAAAAGGCAUUAGCUUCAGCAAAGUUGUCAAGUCUGGUAAAGCCAGCCCCAACUCGAUGGGGUACCAUACAUGGUUGUUUCAAAUUGCUGAAAGCAGCUGAUGAUAUUCUCAAUUCUCUGGUAUCUGAAAGAGAUUUUGUGAACAAAGGGAGUGCCAAACAAAAGGACAAACGUCUGGAGAUCAAAGCAAUUGUUACGGAUCCAGAUUUUGUCAAAAACCUAGAUGAAAGUAUCAAGAUUCUUCAGCCAAUUGACAAGUUAAUAAAGUUAUUCCAAAGUGAUGCAGUCCCCUGUUCCGAUGCUUACCAUGCCUUUCUUGAGUUGGAGAAACUGAUGCAGGAGCUCACUAUCGAGGAGAGAAAGAAAGCCUACCUAGUUAAACUUGUCCGUGACAGGUUUGAUUUCAUGUAUGGAGAUGCCCAUGGCAUUGCCUACUUGUUGGAUCCAAGAUAUCUUGGGGAUGGAAUGUCGCGCACAUUGAGAAGAGAAGUUGAAGAUUUCAUCUAUGGAUAUCCAACUAAAGAUGGUACUACCAACAACACCAGAAAGGAGCAGAUGGCCCAGGAGUAUACUGCUUUUCGGAUAGAGGCUCUUGAGGAAAAACAGCGACAGUCAUUUCGCUUCAAAUUAAUUGGACAGUCCAAGUCAGUUCUCCAGUGGUGGAUUGCUGAUGGCAUUGACUGGCCUUUACUGCAGGACCUGGCAAAGCGAGUUUUUUCAUUACCAGCUUCAUCAACUGCAUCUGAACGAAACUUUUCCACAUUCUCAUUUGUUCACUCAAAACUCCGAAACCGUCUUGAUAAAGAGAAAGUUCUAAAACUUGUUUACAUCAAAACAAACACAAUGCAAAUAGAUGGCAAUGUUAGUGUUAUGAGUGAUGAUGAUUCUGACAUGAGCACAGAUGAAGAAUAG